AUGCAGAGAAAGAGAUUCAGAGUGAUUCCAGAAAGUGAAAAGCCUUUACAGCCCAAGACAACAAAUGUAAGAACUGCUCUCGUUGACACUUCGUCUAAGACUCAUUCUACCAAGAAGACAGGAUCUUCUUCAAACAAACGAAAGACCUCAGCGGCUGGGGAGCCAAAGAAGAGACGGAAACACAAUCCUGGAACUGUCUUUGAGUCUGAGGAUGUUCGAAUAAAGCUCGUGGAUCAGGCCAGUAAGUCUGCUAAGUCGCUAGAUGGGGCUUGCUCGACUGAAACACAGCUAGGUGAUCCUUCACCGCAUGGGCGGCUAACUAAGAUCGAUGAGGAAGAUGAUUCCCUGAAGUUGGGUGAUUUUGAUCAGCCUCCACAGUCAACUUCAACACCAAUACUAUGCUCUUCUCCUCGUUAUGAACCCGAGCAAGAAAGCAGUCCUUUCAUGGUCAACGAACUUGGCCGUCCGUCGCUCAUGUUCUAUUCCCCAACCGCGCAUCCAUACUACAGUCAGCAUAGCUUUCGAGGCAAUUCCCAGUCGCAAUGGAGAUGUUUCCAAGAGCCAGAAAGAUGUUCUACACAUUUUGUUGGGGCAAAUUACCAUUAUCUGCCCUCGCAACCUAUUUCGGUGGCACAACAACCCGAGCCAUACAUGCAAAUGAAUUACCCAGCAGCAUUAGUACCCCCAGGAAUACAGGGCCAACCUGAGUACCAAGUUGUUUAUCCAUCAGCAAUUCGAGGCUACCACGGAAUGCUACCGCCUGGGUAUCCUAUGACCCCAUAUUUGCGGCUUCCUAACAACGGUUUGUCUACUAGUAAUAAUUCUACACCAAGUUACAAAUCAAGCGGAGGGGAGGCCACAUAUCGAAGCAGUGAGCAAGGUUCCAAAAAAGGUACUGGGACCGGAAGCGUGUAA